GAGUGGUGUGAACACAUUCUGGAGGUGUUGUAAAUAGCAGAAAUAGGAAGUUGACGCUAUAAGUAAGACGCUAUGUCAGAGAGGAACAGGCUCCAUUUUAAAAGUCCUGUUGAAGAUGAUACGUGUAGAACUUUUAGUUCUCUCUCUCCUAACAGUCUUAUCAGUGGUGAUGGGAGAUACUAUUGGUUACCUGGGAGAGUCUGUCACCUUAUCCUCUGGAGCCAAUCCAUCCUGGCACAUCACCAAGAUAACGUGGUCCAUAUACAACAACGACACCUGGAUCGCAACAUUCAAGGGCAAAAAUAGCAACACAGAAUGGUUCAGGCAGUUUAAGAGUCGACUGAGUCUCAACACCUCGUCUGGUGACUUGGAGAUCAGWGAUGUUCRGAGAGGGGAUGAACUGGUCUACUCUGUCCUCCUCACACACAGUCAGSGGGARCAGCAGAUCAGUAAGGUACCGCUCACUGUGACAGAGCGUCUCGUUGAGCCUAGUGUUCGAAAGGUCUUCAGCGUUUUGAAGGACGGACUCUGUGUGAUGGCUCUUCAGUGCUCCUCUUCGGUGAAGGACACCAGCUUUUCUUGGGAACCAGAGGCUUCRUUUGACGGCGCCUUCUGGAGGGGGAGUCCCAACRCCAAYGUCUCURUUGUCUGGACGUCUUACAGCCCCAACAGAAAUGUCACCUUCAUCUGUACUGCCAGCAAYGGGCUCACUAACGCAUCUAAGGUUGUGAGGGAGAYAUGCCAAGAUGAACAGCCCAAGCCUGACGUGGUGGUGGAGGGAGAGAACCGCGUCCCCGGGAUCGUAAAGUUGCUCUUAGGAUUUCUGUUCGGAUGUCUUUUAACAUAUAUUUUCAGAGAGUCCCUCACAUGCUUAUCAACCAGGUUCAACAAGAGUCAAAGCAUCAACAAGGUGGGUCCUACACUUUCGGGAGUUGAAAAAAACUCCAGCCUACCUAUAGAGAGGAGCUGA